AACUACGUGGAGAUCAUGCCCAGCGUAGCUGAAGGGGUGAAGAUUGGCAUCCAGGAAUGCCAGCACCAGUUUCGUGGGAGGCGAUGGAACUGCACGACUGUCAAUGAUAGUUUGGCUAUCUUUGGACCCGUGUUGGACAAAGCAACCAGGGAGUCAGCCUUCGUCCAUGCCAUUGCCUCUGCCGGUGUAGCUUUUGCAGUGACCAGAUCCUGCGCAGAAGGUUCAGCCACCAUCUGUGGCUGUGACAACCGUCACAAGGGCCCUCCAGGUGAAGGAUGGAAAUGGGGUGGCUGCAGUGAGGAUGUCGAAUUCGGGAGCAUGGUAUCACGGGAGUUUGCGGAUGCACGGGAGAACAGGCCAGAUGCUCGGUCCGCCAUGAACAGACACAACAAUGAAGCUGGAAGGACGUCCAUCAUGGAGCACUUGCACCUGAAAUGCAAGUGCCACGGCUUGUCGGGCAGCUGUGAAGUGAAGACCUGUUGGUGGUCGCAACCUGACUUCCGGGUCAUUGGCGACUAUCUCAAGGACAAAUACGACAGCGCUUCAGAAAUGGUGGUGGAGAAACACCGAGAGUCCCGCGGCUGGGUAGAGACGCUGCGGCCUAAAUAUAACUUCUUCAAAGCCCCAACCGAGAGAGACCUGGUCUACUAUGAGAACUCGCCCAACUUCUGUGAGCCGAACCCCGAGACCGGCUCCUUUGGCACCCGUGACCGGAUCUGCAACGUCACCUCUCACGGGAUUGACGGUUGUGACCUCUUGUGCUGUGGCCGGGGCCACAAUACACGGACUGAGAAGAGGAAAGAGAAGUGCCAUUGCAUCUUCCACUGGUGCUGCUACGUUAGCUGUCAGGAGUGCAUACGGAUCUAUGAUGUUCACACAUGCAAGUAA